GGCUUGUGAAGUUACCUAUACACCAACUGUACCUGUCAUACAGGGACCACAAGAUCACAAAAACACUUCUCAAGUCCAAGGUGAGUGAAAUGAGUAAUCAUACAGGUUAUACAAUGGUCACCACCCAAAUGCUGUAGAAAAGGCCUCUACACUUUGCUCUACAAUUUUAAGUUGGAUAGGAAAUGAACAGGAACAGUUACCCGUAAGUGAUAUUUAUUACUAGAGGUAUGAAAGAUUCAUGAAGGGUAAACUGUGUGUAGUUGUUUUUUCUUUUUUACUGAUGUUGUAGCAGCUGAAUUAGGUGGUCACUACUGUUGAACAGAUGUUAUAAUUUAGUUUGUUUGAUAAAUUUGAUUAAAUAAUUUAAAUUGUUUGAUAAAUAUACAAAAUUACUCAGCCAUGUUAAGUCCAAUAUUUGGAUUAAGUCACCAGUGAUAGACUCCAAAUUAAAAUUACCUUGCUGUGACCUGUCAAAUUCCCCAGUGGUGUACGCAUUUUUCUUUUCUAUAGAAACUGAUAGAAAAAGACUUCCUCCUUAAAGUCACACAUGAAAUUGAGAAAAAGGGCAAAGGCAGUUUAAAAAAUAUCCAUGAGAAUAACCUUUUUUCUUAUCCUUCCUGUCUGAUGCUUGCUUAUGGAUGAAUAUUUUGAUGGAACAUCAGUUUGGGUGUUGUCUACCAGUAGAAACUUUCUUAAGGAUUUGACUUACCAUGUUAUCCUAAAACAGUUUUUUUGUGUGUGAAAUAUUACAUGAAUGAUUAGAUAUCAUACAUUUAGAUAUUUAAUUAUUCUGUAGUUAGGAUGGAAUGCUGAGGUGCUAUAUAUUUUUCAGUAUCCUGUGAUAGCAGUGGAUGAGUGGUGUCCCAUAACAAACCCAUUUUCUCAUACACACCAUGGCCAGCUAAGGGUUGUCCUUGCAAUGGGCUCAGAGGAUCAGGUGAUGACAUUUUUUUUCUUAAGAUGUGGUUUGAUCAUAUUUACAUUGCAUGAAGGAAAAAUUUGCAAGAAAUGCCAUGGAUGUUCAGGAGAAUGUAUAAAUUUUUUUCAAGAAAGGUGUUCCUCUUCAAUAAAUCUUAAACUAGGUGUCUAUGUGUUGCGAGUGACCAAUAUCGAUUAGUUAGGCUGGUGUAUUUACUGUAGUGACAGAAUCUGGAAUAUUCAGCAAAAGCAAGUAUGUUUAAAGAAAGGACUGGAAAAGCCUGCCAUGCUGCUGGUAUACAUUAUGGAUAUUAAAUAUCUUUGGAAGAGAUGAUUUUAAAAUUGAAAGAGACAGAAAAAAACUUUUUAAAGACUGAGGCUUCAGCAAGAUUUGAAAUUAUAACCAGCUUAGUAUACUGUCCAUGCAUUUCUCAACCAAUCAAGCCAUGAAGCUAACCUAUAAGUUGUACGUCAGUUGUGAGCCAAUAAUUAUCUUGAUUUACAGCUUCAUAGCUUAAGAGGAAAUCACUGCAUUCAUCCUGUUGAGGAUAAUAAUUAUUAUGCUAGAUCCAUCAACAAAUGAUUUUGGUUUUUAGGUAAUUAAGAUUUAGAAAUUGCAAGAUCAUGAAGGUCUUUUAUUUUCUUGAGUCCUGCUGUUUGUUAUUACAACAUUAGAUUGGAGCCAUUUUGUCAAUGAAGUGUGGUGGGGAAGUUCCAUUUGGAAUGGAGCCACGCCCAGAUCAUCAUUUAGAUCUUCAAAGGUUGGUGUUAGGCUGUGCAUGUAGUGUCUCUCCUGUCUGACUUUACUCUUCCUUAUAAUGAUGAUUGCUGCUCAGCCACUAGCCUAUUCUCCAUGCAGUCACCAGUUUGAAAGUGGCGCUCUCAACAAAUAUUAGUGAAUUGAGAUAAUUUUCACAUUAUAGCUCAAUUUUGAUGUAGUACAAGCAAGGAAAAUUAAAUAUUAAUUUCCCAAAUUGAAUACUCAUUUAUUUGUAUAUUUAUUUAAUUGUGUGAUAUUCAUUCAUUUUAGUUUCCCAAAGCCCAUUCUUCACCUGUUUUUUCAGAACUCUUUCAAGGAAAAGAGAACACAAUAUUGUACACUCUUCAACUGAUUUUUGUCUUUGAGGUAACUUUUUAUUUGUACUUAUAAUUUUGAAGGCUCAGAGAUGGACAAGAAAGUCACAGUGCUCAAGUGUCAAGCAAUCAAGAACUCAGUAAGAAAUAGUUAUUUUAUUUGACAGAGCACUUUAUUAAUUCCACUUACUUUUUCUUCUGCAACUUAUGUCUCACCUGAAGGUUUGAGUUUCCCUGAGACUUUUGGCAGUGAUCCAAGUAAAAAGUGAAUCUCGAAAGAUAUUCCUAAUUAAUUUUACUAUGUCCAAAAAAGACUGUUAUGUUUGCUUGCUGCUAAUGUAAUGAUACAAUAAGUAAACACCAGGGCAGGGAAGUGAAGUUUAAAGGUAUACAUACUAGUCAAUUGAUAAUUGUUUCCCUUCCAUUUUUUACAUGGUAGUUGAACACCAGUUUGAGAUUGUGGUUGAAGAUGUCAGAGGCCUGUCUGUGUUUGGGAGCACUGUCUGGGGUGAAACAGACUGUUUUGUUCAAUACCACUUUCCAUUCCAGAGCCAAGUGGAACAUGAAUCUUCACUAAAUAGUGGUAGGUGUAAUUUUAGGGUUGUAAAUUAUUACUUACUAAAGAUUGACUUCCGGUUAUGGUAAAUGUGUUGAUAGCUACACAAUUUCUUUCUAUUGGUCAAUUCAUAGAUUACUGACAGGUUGAACAUAUUAAUGGGUUCUAAUCUGCUUUUGUACUUUAAUAGGGUUCUAUUUGUCUUUCAUGCAAUGCUCAACAGUAUUGCAGUGACAGAUUAAAACAGUAUUUGCACAACUAAUGUUGAUAAUUUGGAAUUCAUAUUUAUUUUGUCGGUGUUUCUAAAGCCAUUCCUUUUUACCUGUCAAGGAAUCUUUGAUCUUCAGCCUCAUCGUACUCCCACCACUCUGUGUUUACCUGAUCCAGUAUUUCAUGAUGCAGCAAGACAUACUUUCAAGCUUCCUUGUGGUUUUCCUGUUCAGAAACACUUACUGGCAGCUUUCACUGGCUCAAAAGUUGCUGUUCCUUCUGUCUCAGGGUCUGGUGGGGUGCCUUUUGAGUUGUGGAGAAGAUACUACUACCCAAACAUUAGAGACCAAAUGGUGGCCAAGGUUCAAAUUUACAAUAAUAUCUGUCUUCUUUCAAAAGAGAAUCUUGUUCUUUGCUAUCUUAUUUUAGAGUAAAUGUUUUCCAUUGACAUGGGCUCUGAAUAAUUACACUGAAAGUUGUUACAUGCACAUCCUGACAAUGUUGUACAAAACUUGCUCGUCCAUUUUACCCAUUACAAAUUCCUCUUUAAAGGCAAUUUGAGCCAAAUCUGGUCAAUUUUUUUAGAAAAAGAAAAUCUGUCCCUUUUCAUCAUGAAGAAUCAUCAAACAACAAAUAACCAUGGAGAGAGUUUAAAAAUAUUUGAAAGAGAGCAAGAUAACAAAAAAACAAAAAUCAAUCAUGGAAGCUGUCCAUUUGGUGUGGGGAGGCUCUCGUUUGUCCAGAGAAAGAGAAAAACAGCCAAAGAAUAUCUUCCAUUCAUCAAAUCUUACACAAUUUUUAUUGUCCAUUCUCUUAUUUGUUUGAAGUAAAGCCACAAGGUGUCAGAGAGGAGUUGCACAAAAGUUUUGAAUAUUUUAAAAGUUAUUUCAGUCUAUGAUUAGUAAUGGUAGAGACCAUGGAAGAUUUUGCCUAGUCUGUUUUCUACAACUUUCAAUAACAUGCUGUAUUUAGGCAACUGUUUCUACCAAAUACAACUGUUUACAUCAAAAGAGUGAUCUUUUCAAAGGUAUCCUGUGUUUUUGGUACUAAACUUCUGGUUUCAAAACAUCUCACACACAUUUUAAGCAUUUGACCCUUGAAAAAUUUAGAUAUAUUUACUAAAGUCUAAUGUUAGAACAUACCUGUUUUUGAAGCAAUGCAUUAGUUUUUUGUUUUUUUUUAAUUUUUAUAUUAAUUUGUCUUGCUAGGCAAGCCUGCCUCUUGCCAAGCUGUGUGCAAUGGUAACCAUGCAGAAACAAAGUGACACUAAUAUCCAGACAUUCUCCCUGCCACUGGCAGUUCUUUCUGGAGAUGAGAUGGAUGGUAUGCGACAGACUAGAGUACAAGACACUGGUUUGCUUGAUGUUACCGUCAAGUACAAACAAGUGAAAGUGGGGCUUGUAACAGAAAUACAGAAAGAGGAUGAUAGUCAUGUGUGUUUAUCAUUAAAAGUGUUCCGUGCUUGUGGACUACAGGUAAAGAAACUUCCCUGCUUUCUCCAACUUUUCAGUAAACAUGGCUUUAACUAAAGGUUUAUUGGAUUCAUGUAAUUUUGUCAUGAUUUUUAAUGAUUUGGCCUUGAUAGUUAAUUAUUUAAGUAGGCACUUGAUGUAAAAAAUAAAAUAAAAAGACAAAGGAACAAGGAAAACAAUAAAAACAGUACUUUAAUGAGGUGGUGUUCCACCAUAAUGUGUCCAGUGUCUUCUACACUAAGAAGGAGCCACAAUAUGCCAGUCCAGGGCAGGUUUACCAUUUAAUCUGUUAGGUUUGCAUGACAGUUUUAUUGGGACCCAUUUAUCUUUAGUGGAGAGGGCAGUAUAAGACUUGUUCCCGUCACAGUGACCUACCCAGGGCUUUUGAUUUGGAGUCCAGACACUAAACACUACACCUCAUAUGUCCCAUCAACAUUUUUUGGUUGUAGGCAGCAGCAGUUCUUCAUGCCAAAUCCAACCCCAGCCUGUCAUACCCUGCAGAGGUUGGUGUGAAUGCUUACUUAGUAAUCCAGUUCCCACUUGGAAAGAAGCACAAAUAUGUAACAAGGACUGUGGCACGGACAUUCAGCCCUGAGUUUUCAUAUAAUGCAGACAUCCUGUUGCUAUUAUUUACACCAUCUGGUGUAAAUGGCAGAGGAAAUUUGAGUUUAGCUGAACAACUUGAAGAUUCUGAAGUGAUGUUUGAAGUUUGGUAAGUUUCACAGAGGUUCCAAACCUAACAUUUGCUUUUGAAAUUACACAUGAUAAACUAUUUGGAAACCACAUAGCAUAGACUGGGCACUGAUCUGAAGUUUUGAAAUACCACCACAGACAUGGAGAUAUGGGAAAGUUAACCAUUUUCAUUUGUCUAAAUAGCUUUGUUAGGAAUUUGAUGAAAUUGAAGAGCUUUAAUCAGGAACUUGUUCAACAUGUAAUUUAAAAGCCGUCUAUUUUGUACAUCCUGGGAAUGUCAUAGUGAAAUGGGGAGAGAGAUGAUGAUAAUGUUUUUGAUUUACAACAGUUAGACACUAGAUGUAUUUUUGGCCAAGUGUACUUUGAAUUCUCCAUAAAAUUUUUUGUGCCACUUUAAAUUAACAAUCAGGCAUCAAAUGUCACGAGAGAGGAGGAGUGACCAUCUGGGUGCAUCAGAAACAGAGAAAAACUUUGGAAGUCAGAGGGAUGUAUUACUUGGAGUGGCUAGAGUACCACUUGUAAAACUUCUUGCUUACAACACAGGUUUGCAGACAAUUUUAUUGGGGGAAGUUGAUAAUUAAUUUUGGUUCAGGAGUAAUAAAUAGACUGCUUUAGCUUGGGAAUAACUUACAGUUUUGCAGAUAAUUUACUCUUGGUUAAACACAAGCUGUUAUUAACUCUAGUAAGUACAGGUGAGUGGUCAACAAUAUAGUAUUAUAUCGAGUUUGUUUCAUUCCAAGUUGGUCAGACUCUUUCAAUUUUUGUUCUUUAGCCUCUCAAAUUAUAAGAACAAUUCUUAGAGUGUGCAAAUGUGCUCAUAUUUAUACAAUUAUUAAUAAACAUGAGUGAUCUUGAUGUUCUGCUAACACCCAGAAGAGACACAUCAGCAGUUUCAAAGAAGUUCUGUUCAGCAUAGCUAUUACUGCCCCUUUUCUUGUUCCUUUUCUUGUUUCUUUUCUUUUCUUAAUUAAUGUGAGUGCCUCUGCUAGUUAAAGGUAAUUUUUUUAAUUAGGUGUGAAAGGAUGGUUCCCAAUACACUUGCCAGGGGAACAGGACACACAUGAUGCCUCACCAUAUAAUGAGAUCAACAAGGUUGUUGGAGGGUUGGAACUUGGUAUUUCUUUCUCCAAAACAGAGGAUAGGGACCACAUCAUUCAUAUGUCGAGAGGACUUGGCUGGUCUCCACCACCUGAGGUAGAUUGUAAUGAAGUCUGGUUGGACAGAGAAGAGCCUUCUGUGAAUGAGCACUGGACGUUUUGUUUAAAAAUCAGCUCAGCAUGGAUUCCUUUAUCAGAAUUAAAACCCUUUAGUGCUUCAGAAAAGAAUACAGAUAAGCCUAAGAUGAAAGGUUAUGCCAGAUAUAAACUCCACAAUAAAGGUAACUGCAUAAUAUGCACCAGGGAGGUGUUAAACAUUUCACAGUUGUGUUCCAUUGGGAUAAAUGGUUUCUACUGCAACAUGUUUAGGAUGUAAUGGUUGGAGUCUUUCAAAAGAAUACUUAGCACACACUUUUUUUUUAAUACAAAAACUCCUAGGAAUAGCUGUCACUCAGACUUUUCCAUGUUGACAAAUUGAGGAAAGAAAACAUAGUAGCCUUUUUCAGUUUAUUGUCUCUUUUAAAAGGCUAAGAUUAUUCUAAUUUUUAUUCAUUACAGCUCCCAUAUUCUCUAGAAUGUCCUCUGUGAAAGAUUGUGGUGAUGGUAAAUUAAUAUGUGAGCUGAAACACUCUAAAGAAAUAUUACUACCAGCGUCACACUCUUUUAGUUGGCACAUGAGGGAAGAGUCUUUGGAGAUCCAGCUAUGGCUUAGCAUUGGGAGGCAAACUGCAGACACAAACUCUAAAAAGAGGGAUAGAUUGGUUGGAUCAGCUUAUGUGGACAUGUCAUCUUUACUUGCCACCAACCAAAGGAAACAUAGGCAAAUAGGGUGAGAAUUUUCACUUCUACCAAGAUUCUGCAUUUUUUCCUCACUGUCUAUGUUAAGGUUGUACAUUUCCUUUUUGCUCUAACUAUUCGUUUACACGAAAUUUCUUUCAAUAAGACAGCCUCUUUUCCAUGUGAUUAUUAAAUCAUAUAAUUGUUCUCCAGUGGCUUGUACCCACUGUUCAGAUCUGGGGCAAGUAAUCUGUUUGGUGGAUGUAUCCAUGUUCAGUCAUUUGUUAAGGUUGGAGAUAUCAGUGAUCAUGAGGUAAGUCUUCAACACUUUGACACUCAGUAAGUUUUGUUAAUAAACACAAAUUUUAAUUUUUGUAUUAAUUUUUGAAAAUAGCAUGGCAACCUGUCAACUCUGGUCUUUAUAAACAGCUAUUUAUGUGCAUCUUAUUAUAGGAGAGGCAAUGCUUUCAAAGCCAAAUGUAAAUUAUGUUUCAUAUAAAGCUGUAGCAUGUUUUCAAAACUGUCUAUGCUUAAAUUUCACACUGAUUUUUUUAUCAAAAUGCAAUGGGAAAUGGGAAUGGGAACAUAGCACUAGACAUUCCAGCAGGUGGCUCCUCUUAUUCACUUUUUCCAGAUGGAGUUGGAUUUGGAAUGUUGGUUUUUUGUGGAGGGAGGAAAACUUAAGGAACCUGAGACAAACCCUUAGUGCAAGGACAAGAACCAACAACAAACUUUACCCACAUGUGAAACCGGGUCUGGGAAUUGAACUUAGGUCACAGUGGUGGGAGGCAUGCAUUUUAAAAUGCCAGUAAUGCCUGCAUCAGUUGAUCAUUAGUUUUUGGAUGAUGUAGGUAUUAUACAAAGACAGUUUUUCUUAGUUUUUAGAUGAUGUAAGUAUUAUACAAAGACAGUUUUUCUCAGUUUUUCUUAGUUUUUCUUUUUUCAGAAAAAUGCAAACAACCUAAUGGUUAAAGGAGUAUGUGGUGUGUCCAAUAAAAUCAAAUGAAAUGUUGGAAGAAGUAUUACCGAGUGCUAGUUGGAAUGUUAACUUUUGUAAACUAUUUUCUAAUUAUUAUUUACUUGGUUGAUCUUGUAUAGCCUUUAAGCUCUGCUGAAUCCAUCGAUGCUAGUUCUCUUCAUGAGGAUCAAACUACAGAUAGCAGGACAAAAAUUCCCUAUCAGGACCAGGUGUCAUCAGUUGAACCAAUGGUGCAGCAACAAUCCAACAGACAGCUGACAGUCACUGAAGCUAGUGAUGAGACAUUCAUGGCCCAUGUCAUAAUUGAACAAGCGCUACACCUCCCUACUGUUCCUGGAACCAGUGAUAACAGGUAUCAGUUGGUUACAAUGGAAAAACAAUUUUCUUGUUAACAAGCAACUCUACAUCAAUUAUAGGCUGUUGCAAUCUUGCAAUAUGCCCAGCAUGGUCUUACACGUAAGAAUAUUUCUGCUAUGGCAUAGUAAUUGCGUUUUACUAUUCUGAAGUGUUCAAAGCAGUCACUGUUAUUUUCUGAUUUGUAGGAAGCCACCUUACAGAGGACUAGAUGUAAAAUUGCCUAUAGCAGAUGUCAUUUUUUGAAGUCUUACAUGUUGCUUCCUUUGUCUCCAGAGUAAUGCCCAAUGUGUACGUGUCUUAUCAGACGCUAUCAUCAAUAUCCCCAGCUUCCACACCAGUUGUUGUGUGUUCAUCCAGUCCAAGAUGGGAGUAUCAGAAACUGGAGAGAAUCACUUACUCUUCAAUUAAAUUACAGGUAAAGCCCUGUUGCUGUUUUUUUUUUUAAAAAUUAUUUUGCUAGUCUGUUUUUAUUUACUGUUUGAGAAGGGUUCACCUUUAACAUUCAGAGGGGAUCUUUAUGAAAAAUGGGAUUUUUGUGGGGGUUAUAUUUCCCUGUUUAGGGUAAUUGUGUUGUGCGAGACACUGGGCUCUCAACAUGCCUCUCCUCACUCAGGAGAGUAAAGAGAUUUGUCAAGGCACUAUACAGAUGGUUAAUACUGUACAAAUGAGGAUAGGCUUUGGUUGCUGUGUGAGUCAGUCUUGUUUACAUACUUUGCUAUACACAUUAAGUGACAUUUUGGCACAUUAAAUUUUGUGUCUUGAAAUCUUUGUUUUGGAUAUGUUUAGGAUUUUCAGUUCAAGGUGUGGCAUACCUCAGAAGCUCAGAAAGGUAAAUGAAUAGUAGAAUAUAGAGAGAUAUGAGAUUUAAUCAUUCACCUGAGGAGCCAACAGUUUUUCUGUUGUUCUCAGUCCAUGGUCAAAGAUUUUAAAGUCAUAUGUAACAGGGUCCUAGAAAAAAACAAGUCCUAGAAAACCUGGAAGUCUGGGAAUUUUAUUUUGACAUUUUCCAGGACUGGAAAGUCCUGGAAAUCUACUUGUGAGCAAUAAAUGGGUCAGAAUUUAUGUUAUAAGAAAUGUAUGUAGACCGUAUGUAAGGAGAAUUGAUUUUAAAAUCUUGGUGAUGAAAGGAUUUAUGGUGGAAUUUGUAGUCCUGGAAAAAUCAAUCUGAAUUCUGGAAAAGUCCUGGAAAAGUCCUUCAGAUUUUUCCUGAAAAAGGGAGUGAACUCUGAUGUAAGAGGCAACUUUAAGAAAACAAUUCAUUUGCUUGGAGGGGGAGUUUCUGAAUUGUGUAGUAUAAUGAUCAAGAGAAAAAAAGAGAUUUUAAACAUCAUUUCUAAUCUAUUUUCCACAGGCCUAGACAGUAAAGAAUCAGAGUCUUUUGAACCUAAGGUAGACAGUUCUGGUGAGGACCGUUUGAUUGGGUCUGUGUCAUGUGACUUAUCAUCACUGUUAGCUGGUAUGCGACAGCUCAUUGGCUGGUACAAUGUUAAUGAUUUCAAUGGAGACUGUCAAGGACAGAUUAAGGUAAAUGAUUAACACCAUUAUAGGGAAACAUAUUCAUGUAUUUACUUUGAUUGAAAACCUCUAGAAGACAUGUAGCAUGUUAUUGAAAAGUCUCCCUUUCUCGGCUAUUAUUUGUAAACAUCGUCCAUUUUGAGUUCAGCAAUUUUUUAUUGCUUCAAAUAAACACAAAAGUUAGAAUACGUACUCCUCCCUAUGUAAACAAUAAUUAACUGGCCUCCCCCUUUUCAGAGAAAGAGCAAAUGCCUGAAUCACUUAACACAACAUGUACAGUUUUGAUUGUUUAAGUUUAAUGGACUGAGAUAUAGUUAUUUCCUGAGCUUUCUUAAUUACUCAGUCCACAAAGUAACUUUUUUGUCACUAAUUAUUUAACUUAUGUGAUAUUACACUGCAAAAAUAUUUUAAUCAGUGUCAGUGAAAGUGUUCUUAUGGUUUAUUUUCACUCCAGUGACCAGAAAUAUUUGUGUAUCUAUGUGGUUUCCAGGUUGGCAUUUCUCCUGUGAAUCCUCUCUCUCCCCCAAGAAGUUUCACAAGUUCAAGAAAAACACACAGCCAACUACCAAAGCAAGAUGUAAGAAGAAAUUUCUGAUUAUUGUAAUAACAUGUGUUGUCCAAGACUUAAGUCAGUGAAAAAUUGGUCAACACACUAAAAUUAAAAUCUCACUAUUCUGAAAUGGCAUUGAUCAAUGUUAUUUCUAACACCUUUUGUCUCACCUCCACUUGAUUUUCUUCUGUGCAAUGUUGCACUUUGUUUUCUUUGAUUGUACAACAUUGAAUGGGGGAAGGGAGGUACUGUCACAAACUGUACUUAAUUUAAACUUCAUAUCUAAAUACUUCCUUAAAAGUGGCUAUGGAGAUAUCAUGUGUCACUAAUUUGUCACUUGUUUACAUGUGGACCCUUUUACUCUCAGUCAACAAGAAUUAGGGUGUAGUUUUCCCAUUUGGAGGUUUGUUAUUUUUGUUUGGUGUUGUUGUUGUUGUUGUUGUUCUGGAAAUUCCCUUGUAUGACAAUUUUAAAGUAUAUUCAAAGAGGUCAAGCAAUACUAUCUAUGAAUAACUACUUUAAGUCUAAUUCAUGACAACCCACACUCAGUUAUUUAUGUCAUCUAUGUACUGUAGGCAACCUUUAUCACACCUGUGCCAAAGAGUCACAGAGCAAAUGGUUUUAAUUAUCAAACUCAGGGAGGCAAUCCUCUGUCAAGUCAGUUGCAAGGAUGUUCUGAAAAUGAAGGCUUUAGGAUGACAACAGAUGGAGAAACAGAAGCAGUCUCAAGUUGUUCUUCAUCUCUACUCUUUUCUCAACUAAGGUUUGUAAAAAUUACAAUGUAGAUCUGUUAUGUUCUUUCAGUAACUUUUACUUUCCGUUGGGCUUACAAAGUUUCUGUGGUAGAACUUCGUAAAGCUAUGUAGUGAGCAAAACAUUACCUGCCCACUAAUAGAUACAGAGUUAUCUUCUCGCAUUGAUAUAAUUUAUGUAAUUCUCUCCAUGUACCUCUGAAGACAUGAAUUAAGUAUGAAUGGUGUUUUAUUGUUUUGCAAUCUUGAUUUUACUGCUCUGUUCAUUGAUCAAUCUUUUGUUUUAGGCAUAAUAUGAAGGAACUAGACAUUCUUCAGCAAAAUUUAACUGUCAAAUUAAGAUCAAAUCCUGUCAGUGAUGAUGACGGCCACAAUCGGGAAGAUUUGUGGGCCACUCUCCACCCACAGUGCCUUUUUUCUGGCGGAGAUGAAACAGUAAGUUUUCCUUUAGAAUCUUCAAGAACAUUGAGAACUGAAAACAUGACUGGCAGUGGUAAUGUCUUGGAAGGAAAGUUGGCUGAAGCUGUAUUUAAAGAGAAUUGUGAUGAACAUAUGGGGUUGAAUGACAAACACAUGACCCAAGUCAGAAUUGAUGGUUACAUACUACCCUCUCCAAAACUGACCCCAGAAUUGAAACAAACCAGUAGCUUUGUUGAUAAUGAAAAAACUGCUCUAAGAACUGUAGAUAAUGUGCUGGAUAGUGGGGCAACAAUACCUAACUAUUGUGAACUUCAAGAACCUUCUGCAAAAUGUAGAGAGGAAUGUCUAGAACAUACUUCAGUUUUGGACAGUUUACCUGAUGAGGAGAACCAGUUAUCUGUUGCCAUAGAUUGCUGGCCACCUUUGAAAAGGGAACCUUCCCUCACUGAUAUUUCAGGAGACUUUUCAGUUAGUGGGUAUGUUCAGGACAACACUAAUGACACAAGGUUUGCUGAUUUGAAAGACAGCUGGCUCAGCAGUGAAGAAGAAGAAAACUCAGGUUUGAGCCAGGCUGAAAAGCCUGGCAUGUUAAAUGUACCUUCUGGAUUAAAAAGUAACAGACAUACAGCUGGUGAACUGGAGAGAAUUACUGUUACAAACUUUCAAAAGACAGAAAAUAAAGUGAGUGACCGGAAUGAUGAUCAUUCCAGUAUUUUUGGUGAUAGGGAUGAACAAAACAUGGAUGUUGAUGUGAUAUCAAGUGAAGCUGAAAGAAAACAGUCAGUUGAUGACAGCAUUAAGAGUAAUGAUAGUGGUGAAGAUUUCACUAGAUUAACCAGUAUUGAAUCAGGUGAUAUUUCUGCAGCAGGCAGAAAAAUUACAUCUAAUCAUGAUAACAUUAAGGAAACCUUUUCAAAUGAACAUGCUUCUAAUAACAGUUUAACUCCAAACAAAAUGGUAAUACAAGAUUCAUUACCUAGAUACCCUCUGUCUCACCGCCAGACAAGUUCUAUGUUGCCAAAUUUCUUCAUGCCUUCAGAACAACUAGAGGAGUCUAUGAGGGCGCUUAGACUGGGAGCCUCGAACACAUCUUCACAUUCCAAGCUGUUAGCUUAUUCACAACAUACAGGAAACAACCAAUGCACAAAAGAAAACCUGACUGAGAAAUUUGCAAAAAGGAAACAAUAUUAUAAAGACAAAAAAGAUGAAAGGCCCCCAAUCUCCCAUUCAGAGGUGGAUAGGAUAGCUAGAAUUUUCAAGUUGAAUUCUGGGAGUUUGUAAGACUAUGUUUAAAACAAUGUGAUGCAACCAUUUGCAUUCUUAUGGUCAUGUAUUAUUUCACUCCUGUCAAAUUAAAAAAAAAAGAUAUAUUGACAGCUAUUUAUUUCAUCUGUGUAGCUUCCUUCUACCCACAUAUUUUUGGCUGUAUGCUAAUUACUUUUUCCAGAUCAUGUGAAAUCCUCAUGGUAUUUGAUGCUUUUAGUUUUUGAAAAUCAGUGGUGCAUUCAAACAUAGAUAUGACUCACAUCAAUGGAAAAUAAUCCCUUUAGUAUUAUCACAAGAUCAAUACUUUGACAAAAAGAUGUGCAGGUGAAUGAGAUUUUCUAUAAGGAACAAUUGUGGGCAUAUACAAGUUGAGGUAGGGGAUAUAAGCAAGGGAAAAAUGAUAUUUGUGUGAGAUGAGUUACAAAUUGGAUAAUACAGGCAUAAGUAGCAUUGUUUCUUGUUGCUCAAUGAAGUCAAAUAUUUGUCUCGUCAUUCCACCCAUCAGAUUGGUGCAAGCUCUGAGUGACUGUUGCACAUUGGGUUUCAUAGUGUCAGGCAGUUAAAUUCCUAACAGAACGAUACUAUUUGUCCCAUUUGUUUGGAAUGGCAAAGUGACAUUGGUGCUCUUCCUUUGUUCUUUGUUACAAAGAAGACUGGUAGAUAGAUUAAUUUGUAUGAACCAAAAGCAGAACUUUACCCCAGCAGUCCAUAGUAGAUUUAAGGUCUAGAGAGAC